AGAGCCAGCCCGGCUGGCCCCAGACCCAAGGGGAGAGGGACUGAGGGAGGGGCGGGAGAAGGGGAGGAGGGAGGAGGGAACCGGCCAGUCCCCCCCCCCCCCCAUCCCGCUCUGGAGCCAUGUAAAGCCCCUCCCGGCGGUGGUCCUGUCCUUGGGGCCAGACCUGCAGGGAGCGACUCCAAGUCCAGCCCGGCUCCGCGCCGUGCCCUGCCCUGCCUUGCCCCAGACGGAGCCCCCGGGCUCGGCCAGCUGCUGCCCUCUCGGCUCCUCAGCUCGUCUCGCCUCGCCCUCGCCAUGCUGCUGUCCGGAGAACCCUCCCGCUCGGGACUGGCCCGGGAUGGACAGCGCUAGAAGCCGGGGGAGGAGAGGAGCUGCCCACAACGCCUCGGGGAAGGGAGGGACACACCAGUCGGGAGGUGCGGGACUCGGGAGAAGCGGCGUCUCAGCGCUUUGUGGCCCGCGCUACUAGUGCAGACCCCGGGGAGGCGGGAGACGAGACGGCGCAGAGACCAUGGCCCGCGUGUGCUGGGAGCUCUGCGCGCUCCUGGGCUGCGGGCUCUUGCUCCUGACCCGCGGACAGCAGCAGCCUCCGCAGCAGAGCUCCGACGCCAGCCCCUGGAGGCAGAUGAUCCAGUGGGAGAACAACGGGCGGGUGUACAGCCUUCUGAACUCGGGCUCCGAGUACCUGCCCCCGGGCGGCGUGCUAGGCGACGGCAGCUCCCAGGUGCUCCUGGCCGGGGCCCAGCAGACGACCCGGCGGAGGAGCCAGGGACGCCCCACCCGCAGGCAGGCCCCCUCGCUGCCGGGGAGGGCCGGCUCGGACACCAUCCGAGGGCAGGCCCGGCACCCGUUCGGCUUCGGCCAGGUGCCAGAAAACUGGAGGGAAGUGGCCGUCGGGGACAGCACGGGGAUGGCCAGGGCCCGCACCUCGGUCUCCCGGCAACGACAGGCGAGCUCCGCCUCCUCCGUCGUCUCAUCGGGCUCAGCCGCAGCCGCAGCCUCCGCCUUCGCCCAGACCACCUACCGGCAGCCAUCUUAUCCUGCGCAGUUCCCCUACCCCCAGCCCCCUUUUGUCAGUCAGUACGAGACAUACGAGCAGGCCCCCAGGGCCUACGAUGAGAGCUACGUGUAUUACCGGAGUAACGGAGGCGUGCCUGGGGCCGGGGCGGCUGCGGUGGCCUCGGCGGGAGUCAUCUACCCCUUCCAGCCCCGGCUGAGAUAUGAGGAGUACGGGGAGGAGCAGACCCCGUACCAGCCUCAGGGCUUCUAUCCAGCUCAGGAAGUGCCCCUCAUGCCAGUGCCCCAGCCCCAGCCCCAACCCCAGCCUUCCGACGGGCUGGACAGGAGGUACUCUCACAGCCUGUAUCACGAAGGCACCACGAACUUUGAUCAGGCUUACCAGGACACUUACAACUCGGUGCCAGGCCAGGUGGUGCCAGGCCAGGUGGUGCCAGGCCAAGGGGCAGCUGCUCCUGAGAGCCCGCAGGUGAACGGGGGCUCCUCCCCGGCCUUAGGCCCGGGCUAUGUGACCGAUCCCCGCCUGGGCUGGCAAUCACCCUACGCCAAUGUGCCCCCGGAAGCUUACAUCCCGCCCCGAGUGGUAGAGCCUCAGCCGCCAUUCCGCGUCCUGGAACCCUAUGGGAGUGCCCCGAGAGCAGAACCCUACCUGCCCAUCAGGAGCUCCGAAGCUCCCCCGUUAGGGGGGGACAGACAGGGAGCCCAGCAAGGCCGGGUCAGCGUGGGCAGUGUGUAUAGGCCCAACCAGAAUGGAAGGGGUCUCCCUGACUUGGUACCUGAUCCCAAUUAUGUACAGGCUUCUACUUACGUCCAGAGAGCUCAUCUCUAUUCACUGCGUUGUGCAGCAGAGGAGAAGUGUCUGGCCAGCACUGCUUAUAGCCCUGAGGCUACGGACUAUGAUGUACGUGUCUUACUGAGGUUUCCUCAACGAGUGAAGAACCAGGGCUCAGCUGACUUUCUGCCCAAUCGGCCCCGCCACACCUGGGAAUGGCACAGCUGUCACCAGCAUUAUCACAGCAUGGAUGAGUUCAGCCACUAUGACCUGCUGGAUGCUACCACAGGCAGAAAAGUAGCUGAGGGUCACAAGGCCAGCUUCUGUCUAGAGGACACCACGUGCGAUUUUGGCAACCUGAAACGCUAUGCCUGUACUUCCCACACACAGGGCCUGAGUCCAGGAUGCUAUGAUACAUACAAUGCUGACAUUGACUGCCAAUGGAUUGACAUCACUGAUGUGCAGCCUGGCAACUACAUCCUCAAGGUACAAGUAAACCCAAAAUACAUCGUGCAGGAGUCUGACUUUACCAACAAUGUUGUGAGAUGCAACAUCCACUACACCGGACGCUAUGUUGCCACCACGAACUGCAAAAUUGCCCAAUCUUGACCUGCUCAGGAUUCACUGAUAUCACCCCACCCAAGCCACCCUUCUCCAAACAUGGUCAGGCUCUUUCUGGGCCCUGUGAACACAGACAAAACCCUCAUGGGCCCUGUGGACCUUGGACAGGAAGGAAGGGGAACCUGGCAUCAUGGAAAAAACUGGAUGAUUUAAGUGACUCUAGGUCUUAUUUUUAUACUUAACUUCCCCCAAAAAACUUUGUUGUGUUGGUUGUUGGUUUUUAAAAAAUUUUUUUUUUAUUAUUUUGACCACAAUGCUGAGUGAAGAUUAUUGAUGAUUUAAAUUGAAUAAAACAAGAUUUUCUACUC